AAAGGCGCCCAGGCGUGAGGCGUCCUAGAGGGAGGGCGACGCUCGUGACCACAGGAGGGGGAGGCGGCUCCAGAGGAAGUGAGGGCGAUGGUUUGGCCGGACUGAGCGGCUUCUCUGGGCUGCAGUGAGUCCCUCAGUUCCUACCUUCGGAGGUGUGCGGCGGCGUCCUUAACCCUUCGCAUCCCCAGUGGGUGCUUCGGACCCUCCUGCUUCCGGGUUUACUUGGAGUAGAGACCAGGCGCCCCAUCUCUUAAAAGCCCUUCCAGCGCAGUAGUCCUGCAAGAGCGCGUCACCCUCAAGUCUUCAUCGAAAUCCCUGUGAGGGACUUGACAUCUGAGGAAGCAAGACCUAAUCGAGCUGUCAAUUCCACUUCGUGACAGCCUUGUGAAGUCUGCUGUCCAAUGAAGCAGAGAUUAAUGAAGCCCACCUGUCGCUUCCAGGGAAGAUUCCGUCCAUGUCUUAAUUUAGACUGCUGAGAACACUGCAAGUUGCCAACCAUUGAACGUUCCCUGUUGACUGGACAGAAAAAAAUGAGUGGAGGGCUAGCACCAAGCAAAAGCACAGUUUACGUGUCCAACUUGCCCUUCUCUUUGACAAACAGUGACUUAUACAGAAUUUUUUCCAAAUAUGGCAAAGUGGUUAAAGUGACAAUUAUGAAAGACAAAGACACACGAAAGAGCAAAGGGGUUGCUUUUAUUUUGUUCUUGGAUAAAGAAUCAGCACAGAACUGUUCUCGGACGCUUAACAAUAAACAACUGUUUGGAAGAGUAAUAAAAGCAAGUAUUGCUAUUGACAAUGGAAGAGCUGCAGAAUUCAUCCGCAGGCGAAACUACUAUGACAAAUCAAAGUGCUAUGAAUGUGGAGAAACGGGGCAUUUAAGCUAUGCAUGUCCUAAGAACAUGCUAGGGGAGCGUGAGCCACCAAAAAAGAAAGAAAAGAAGAAAAGAAAGAAAGCAAUUGAAGAAGAAGAAGAGGAAGAAGAAGAAAUUGAGGGAGAACCAGAAAGUGAAGAGGAAGGAGAAGACCCUGCCCUUGAUAGCCUCAGUCAAGCUAUAGCUUUCCAGCAAGCCAAAAUUGAGGAAGAGCAGCAAAAAUUGGUGCAGGCAGAAGAAGAGGCCUCAACCUCUGAUUCAAGACGACCGCGGAUCAAAAAAAGUGCAUAUUUUAGCGACGAGGAAGAACUUAGUGACUGAUUCAUAUACCAUGUACAUUUAUAAAAUGUAGGCUUCUUUUAUUCUACAUGUGUUUGUGAUGCUAUGAAGACUUCUCUCCUAUUGUAAAUAAAAAUAACAGUAAUUUGA